CAGAGCAGAGAGGACUACAGUAGAUGGAGCUAGAGCACCAAGAGGGUUGGCGUAAAGUUACAAUCCACAGAAGAAGAACAUGCCAGUCUUCAGCCUCCAACACGUCCUCAAACACUCUUCAUAAUGACGUAAUCUGAGACGUUGAAUUACCUCGUUAUUUUCAUCUGACUAGUGAAAAUGUCUGGAAGAGGAAAGGGAGGAAAAGGACUCGGUAAAGGAGGCGCCAAGCGUCACCGUAAAGUUCUCCGUGAUAACAUCCAGGGAAUCACCAAGCCCGCUAUCCGCCGUCUGGCUCGCCGCGGUGGAGUCAAGCGGAUCUCCGGUCUCAUCUACGAGGAGACCCGCGGUGUGUUGAAGGUCUUCCUGGAGAACGUCAUCCGUGAUGCCGUCACCUACACCGAGCACGCCAAGAGGAAGACUGUCACCGCCAUGGAUGUGGUCUACGCUCUCAAGAGACAGGGACGCACUCUCUACGGAUUCGGAGGUUAAACUCGGAGG